GCUUGGGUUCCCACAGUGCUUCCUGUGCUCCACCAGCGUCUGAAUGUAGUUUAUUUGCCUUGGAACAUCCCUUGAGAAUAUGUUUUGUGGGUUUAGGGUGGAGUGCAGAAGUAUAGGUGACACCUCUGAAGCUUUGCUUUUGGGUGUCCCGGAGCACGAGGGGAGGGAGGAAGCAGAUCUGAAUUCCCAUCUUGCGAGAAUCUUCUGCAGAUCCAGCUUGCAGCUAGCGUGAGCCUCCAGUUGGUAGAGAAUGGCUAGAGAACCCGGAGCGUGCGCAGCCCUAAACGCUCCAUCUGCAGAAGAGGGGACUGGGUUUCUAGUGGUGAAAGUGGAACCGGAAGAGGCCUCCCAGUUGGCAGAGGAGGCCAGUUGGCUGGGCAGUCCUGGGCCUGACCGCUCCCGCCAGCGCUUCCGCGCUUUCCGCUACCCAGACGCAGCCGGGCCCCGGCAGGCGCUGAGUCGGCUCCGCGAGCUCUGCAGACAGUGGCUGCGGCCAGACAUGCACAGCAAGGAGCAGAUCCUGGAGCUGCUGGUGCUGGAGCAGUUCCUGACCAUCCUGCCAGGGGAGCUGCAGGCCUGGGUGCGCGAGCAACACCCCGACAGCGGGGAGGAGGUGGUGGCACUGCUGGAGUACUUGGACAGGCAGCUGGAUGAGACACCUCCACAGGUCCCAACUGGGGAAUGGAGUCGAGAACUUCUCUGCUGCAAGGUGGCAUUGGUGACAUCAUCCCAGGACUCACAAAGUAGUCACUCCCAGGCAAUGAAGUCUCUCUUCAAGCAUGAAUCUCAGGAAUCUUUGGAGUGUUCACCCUUACAAGCCAGAGGUCUGGAAAUGAAGCCUGAGACCAGGGGCUUGCCUCUAGCUGAGGAAUACAAGGAACAAAAGCCUGAGCAGACAGUGUGCUUCCUGGGUGAAGACACUGUCCAGAUUCCUACAGGUACAGAAGCCAGUGAGCAGGAAGGCAAGUUACAGACAACACAGAAGAAUGCCACGGGAAACAGGCGGUUCUACUGCCGUGAAUGUGGGAAGAGCUUUGCUCAGAGUUCAGGCCUGACCAAACACAAGAGAAUCCACACUGGAGAGAAACCCUAUGAAUGUGAAGACUGUGGGAAGACCUUUAUUGGGAGCUCUGCCCUUGUCAUUCAUCAGAGAGUUCACACUGGUGAGAAGCCAUAUGAGUGUGAAGAAUGUGGCAAAGUCUUCAGUCACAGCUCAAACCUCAUCAAGCACCAGAGAACCCACACUGGAGAAAAGCCCUACGAGUGUGAUGACUGUGGGAAAACCUUCACUCAGAGCUGUAGCCUCCUGGAACACCAUAAAAUUCACACUGGUGAGAAGCCAUUCCAGUGCAACUUGUGUGGCAAAGCCUUUAGGCGUAGCUCCCAUCUCCUGAGACAUCAACGGAUCCAUGGUGAUAAAGCUGCUCCGAAGCUUCUGCAUGGAGAGACCUGGGAAGGUCAGAGUAGGGUGGCAAGCCUCGGGGAUAUUGUUGAAGCUCCUGAGACUUAUCAGUGCAAUGAGUGUGAGAGAAGUUUCACUCGGAGUAGAAGCCUUAUUGAACAUAAAAAAAUCCACACUGGUGAGAAACCCUACCAGUGUGAUGCGUGUGGGAAAGGCUUUACCCGAACUUCAUACCUUGUUCAACAUCGAAGAAGCCAUGUGGGGAAAAAAGUUGUCUCACAGUGACCUGUAGCACACCUGCCAGACUUGGUGAGCACUUGCCAGUGAGAUGAAGACACCUGGAGCCCUUACUAACUGCAGAAGAGAGGGUGUUGCCAAUACACACUGUCCUGUGUUAGACAUUAUGGUCUGGCUGAGGUAGAUUAUUUCUUCUGUUUAAAAAGUAACUGGAAUAAGACUUACUAAUAGGAGGAUGUGGGGGUGUUCUCUGGAUGAGAUAAUGCUGAAGUGUUCCCACUCUUUGGAUUUACAAGGACUUCCAGAACAACUGUCGUCCUUGGCUGGCGUAUUUUUCUCCUUAGUGGAUGGUUCCAGAUUUUGGAGUGUACCUUCUUUACUAUUUGGUUGUCAGCUUGAAUUUUUCAUGUUUAAUCAGAUUCUUGAGGCCUUGGCUCCUCUAUUGUGCCUUGUGUAGAGGUGCUAGUAAACAUUUACUACAAGAACU